AAGCGCUCCCUGACAGACCGUAACCCCGAACUCGCGCUCAAAAUCUCCCAAAUGCGCCUCACCAUUGCGCCCAUAAUACACGUCGUCACCGGCCAGGCGGCACCAGACUUCCCACACACAAUGCUCUCCCUCUUCACCUUGACAGAAGCACAACUCGACGCGCUCGCAGAGUACUACAGCCAAAGCCAAACGCCUACAGCGCUCACAUACAAGUACCCGACGACCAUGGACUGGAACAAGCCCUUCUUAGCAAACGAUCCGGGGCUGCCUGAGGACUGCAAGUUGUCAGGGAUCGAGCGGCUGAAGGUCAAGAUGCGGAUGUUCGCGAGGUUCAUAGGGAUGCGAGGCGCGGAUACGCCGCGGUGGGAGUAUGAGCGGCAGGUGGAGAUUCUGGGGAAUAAGAUUGGACGGGUGGUGCGCGAGGACGAGGAC